AUGGUAGGCAUCAGGCGGUCCAAGGCGUGCUUGACCUGCAUUAAACGGAAGAAAGGCGUAAGCGACCCGGUACCCUCCACCGGCAGCAUGGAACGAUUUUUCUUCAACUGUCGAAAAGCUUGCAUCCCCUGUCAGGGCUAUAGUAAACCACGUGUUUUCAUCAAUAGCUUUGCGCAGGAUGGCAUAAGACAUGAACAAGAUGCGGCCUCCCAGAAGGAUUGUCUGCAUGUAGAUUUCUCGAACAAAAUAGCGCGUUCGGCGCAUGAGACUAAAAUUUUAGAGCAAUUCUGGCAAUCCUAUUUCCCAAACGGGGAAGCGCUCCCAAUAGACGUUGCUCAUAGCGUCCUUGGAGGAUUGAUGCAGAAUAUUCAGGACUUGUAUGGUACUGAGAUUGUUCUUAGAAAGGUCAUUCUUGCUUUGUCACUAUCCACGCUUGCUCGGCAAGAUGCUUCGCUUGCCUGGAUGAAAGAAGAGGGCCGAAGACUUUAUGGCGACGCGAUGCAAGGAGCGGUAGUGACGCUGCGAGUCCCACAGAAACGACAGGAAAAUGGACUUCUAGCCGCCGUACAGCUGUUUAGCUUGUUCGAGGCUGUAUAUGGCGAUGACGGCGAAAAUGACAUAACUCAGGCCAAGAGCUGGCUGACACAUUGCUUCGGCAAUGUGGCAUUGAUCGUGCAGAGAGGCCCAUUAGCCUUUACAACAGGGUCCUCUCAUAGGCUUUUCGUUGAUGGGAGAUUGCAUUUGACUAUCACUGCACUCAAGGCAAGAAAAAAGUCUUUCCUCAGCGAAGUGGCUUGGAAAACUAUCCCAUGGAGUGUCGCAAAGAAGUAUCCCAAAGAUUUACUAGUUGACAUUCUUGUCGACGUGCCAUCUAUGUUCGAAGCCAUCGACGUGAUGAUGGUCUGUAAAGAGCCAACUCGAAAGGCGCAACUCUGCAAGCGUCUUCGUGACCACUAUCUAUCCCUUGAAAGAAGUUUAGUCCAAUGGCACACAGAUUUCUCUCCGGCAUUGAUCAAUAUCGAUAAUGAAACUCAAAUCACCGAAGUUAUUACGCCUCAGAUGUUAGCUACAGCCCAUCUUUCAACACUUUACUGGACUACAUGCAUCAUAAUAUACGGGAUGGUAGGAAGACUAUUAUUCCAGAAUGAUGAUUAUGAUGUUCUCAAACAAAGAUACAUCGAUCCUGGAAUAUUUUGUCGGAAUAUUCUUAAGAUUGUACCCGUCUUCUUUGACCCUUCAACUGGAAUAUUCCGUGUUCAUCUCGUGACAUUCCCUAUGACUGUUGUCAUGAUGCACCUUGCCACGCUUCCCUCGGAGCAAAUGAUGCAGGAAAAGGCCUUGCUCGCAAAAUACUUGCAGAAUCCGGCUUGUGUGACAAUACGAAAAUUUGUUGCCAGUCUUGAGCCACAAAGUUUUAGAGACGUACCACGUCUGAAUACCUCUUUAUCAUAG